AGCCGUCACGUUCUGUUGCAAUCCACGACUCCCUGCGAAUUCGAGUGGGAGUGAAUUAUGGGGCCUUGGGUGCUGUUGCUAUUGCUGGGCACGACUGCCGCGGCUGACUGCCAUGAUGGCAGCUGCCGCAACCAGGGCUCCCUGUUCCUGCAGAAGGAGAUGCUGCAGCGCGUCGCCAAGCUGUAUGCCGAGGAGGAUGUGGCCGAGAUGUUGAAGGAGGGCUACAUCCUCCCAGACAGCCACAACCGCACCCGCGAACGGGACGCGCGGUUCCUGCUGAGUGCCAGCUUCGGGCCCACGCGCAAGAGCUUGGAGCAGCUGGGGCAGGUGAGCCACGGCGAGUGGCUGAGGCAGCAGAUGGAGCUGCCCGCCGGGUCGCUAAGGGAAUUCUACCGCGCUCGGGUGAAUCCCUUCUACGAGGUGGAAGUGGACAGUAAGAGCAGCUUUACUCCCCGCAGCGCGUGCGCGGUGGGCUCCCGUUGGCGCCGCCACGUUUUUACCUUGGAGGACCAGGGCCGGAAGGUGGAGGUGAAGAACGGGCAGCUCCUGGUGGGCGGUGCCUUCCGCUCGGACGUGUCACUGGGGACGCUGGGCUCGCGCUGGAGCGGCUUCGAAAACUACACAGGCUACAUCUGCUUCCUGGAGGAAGGCCUGGGCAAUGAUGUGCACAUCUCCAGCCACUCCAACUGCCCGUGGAACGUGCCCAAGUCCGCGAUGCCCAACCCAGCCGUCUACUUGGCCGACGCCUCUCAGGCGGUGCACACAGAGCUGCCGUUCCUCCCGGGCCCUUCCAGCUCGGUACUGCUGCAGAGCUACUCGGGCCCCUGCACCCUGGAGGGCGCGGAGUUCAUCCACCUGGAGGGCCGAUUUUACGCGGCGGACCCCCGGGUGGAGCUGUUGGCCAAUACUUUCGCCUCUCCAGUGGCGAAGCUUUGUACACCGGUGACCUUCAUCAACGAGAAAGGCUGCCUGUCGCCCCCGCUGCCAGCGGAUCAGCCCAAGACUGCGGGGCUCACCGCGGAGGUCCACCUCCUGAGUGAAACCCCCGCUGGCUUCAUCAGCAAGACGGGCACGCUCCCGAACUUCGCCUUCCUCGACACGCAGAUCAACUACGCCUCCAGCAGCAGCAGCUGGCGUUCGGAGCUGCCCAAGGACAAGUUCGCCAUCCAAUGGCGGGGCACCUUGAAGAUCCAGACCGCGGGGCUGUACACCUUCUUUCUCACAUCGGACGAUGGGAGCCGUUUGGAGCUCGACGGAGUGGAGGUGGUGUUGAAUGGGGGCUUCCACGGCAUGGAGGAGAAAUCUGGGCAGGUGAACCUCACGCAAGGAGGCCACACCUUGCUGGUGGAGUUUUAUGAGGGAGGAGGAGGCGCCGGCAUCAUCUUCUACUGGCAGGGCCCUGACUCCAACGACGCCAAGGAGGUGGUGCCUCCUGAGGUUUUUGAGACCACGCCCCCGAAGGUCAUGGAGUGCCCGACGUGCGGGUCCCCCGGGGAGGUGGCCAACAUGCCGGAGCUGGGCCAUCACUUCAGGUUUUACACCACGCGGGAUGACGCGGACAACGACUUGGACAGCCACUUCUUCGACCGCUUCGAUACCAAACUCUCCAAGUCCACCGUGUGGACCGCCAAGGCCUUGGGUGCAGAAGACCAGCUUCGCCAGCGCACCGCCUGGGCCUUGUCUCAGAUCUUUGUCGUGAGCGCGAAUGGCUUUGGCCGCAACGAGCGCACGGAGGUGUGGCUGAACUACUACGACAUCUUUGUGCGCAAUGCCUUUGGGAACUUCCGAGACUUGCUUCGGGAGGUGACCUACAAUCCGCUCAUGGGCAGCUACCUCACCAACACAGGCAGCUCUUCCUAUGACUACAACAACCGCUUCCCCAACGAGAACUACGCACGUGAGAUCAUGCAGCUCUUCACCAUUGGACUGGAUAUGCUGUAUCCCAACGGCACCGCCGUCAGAGAUGCCCAGGGCAACGUGGUGCCCACCUAUGGCAUGGACAAGAUCGUGAGCUUCGCCAAAGUUUUCACUGGCUUCCAGGAGCGCUCAUUUCGCGCAAACAUUGAGAACUGGGACAACGACAAUCUCAUUGACCCCCUGAAGAUGGACGCGGGCCGGCACGACGUGCACCCGAAGAACGACCUCUACGGCGGCUAUCUGGGCGACGGUCUGCCGCUCUGCGCCUCCGCGUCCGUGGUGUCGAAAGGCGCCCGCUUUGAGCUGUACAGCGUCGCCUACAUGGGCGAGGUCUUGGAUGUGUUGCCAGGCUCCGAUCUGUACACCGCCCUGUGUGCGGCUUCGGGACCCAGCUGCACCUUCCCCGUGGUGGUGGAGCUGCCGGAGGACUUGUCUUGCACGGGGGACGAGUGCACCGCAGAGGUGCAGAUUGUCAAGGUGGACGGCCGCUUCUACCGCUUCAUCCCGCCGCCCUGUGUGUAUGACUACCUGGAGACGACCAAAGGCAGCAGCGGCAGCUACUUCCCCAUGGGCAAGGCCAAGUGCCCAGCGGGCACCCACAUCAUGGACUACAACGAGUGCGAGGCGGCGGUGGUGGCGGUGUACGGCAGCCACGAUGGGAACCCCAACUUGAGGAACAACACCUGGGCGCCCAAGGGCUGCUCCUACCGAACCGGCCGUAUGUACGUCAACCCCCACCCGGUGGGGCGCACAUCGGGCGGGGACUACAACACCAUCUGCCUCCCGCACGUCUUUGUGCACGAGACGGGUCGCGUGAGUGCUAAAAACAAGGAGCCCAAUGACUUCGAGGUGCAGUGGGCGGGUCCCGUGCCUGCCGCCGGCCUGCAUCUCAUUGAGCUCAAGGAGGAGGCUGCCUUCAGCACCCUGCCAAGCCCCGCAGAGGUCCUCGCACUGCCCGGCGCCUUCCGCCCAACGUCGUCCUGCACCUUAUGCGAGGGCCAGGUGAAGGUCUUCCACCCCCAGAACGAUGGUCCGGAGCUGACCGAAAGCGCUGUCUUCGAGGUGGAGGGCCGGUUCUUCCACAACCUGCGGAAAACGGUGCACUUGGGCGCGAGCUCCUUCCGGAAUCCCCCGGUUUUCCUGAAGGGCCAGCAGGGCCGUGUCGCGGAGCGGGCGGCACUGGAAGAGGUGGAGUGCUUGUUGGACCACUUGUUCCAUCACAAGAACACCCCGGUCUUCAUCAGCAAGCGCUUGAUCCAGCGCUUUGGCAUCUCCAACCCGUCGCCCUCAUACCUGGAAGCCGUGCAGCAUGCCUUCCGCACGGGGAGCUACGAGUCGAUGCCCUUCAGCGGCGUCUACGGGGACCUGGGCGCCGCAGUGGCCGCGGCGCUGCUGCAUCCGCAGGCCGACAUGGAGGGCCAUACGUCUCGGCAGUUCCACGGGUCCCUGCGGGAGCCCAUGCUGAAGCUGAUUCACUUCAUGAGGUCCAUGGAGUAUAUGGACGUGAGCCAAGAGUUCGUGGUCUUCAAAGAGCUGCAGGACGUGCUGGGCCAGUUUCCCUUCCAGUCCCCAACUGUCUUCAACUUCUACCUGGCGGACUUCAAUCUACCCGAGCCAGAGCCGGAGAACGAGGUUGGCAUGACCACCACCACCGGCAUGCCAGGCAUGCCGGAGCCGGAGGCGGAGACUUUGGUGGCGCCGGAGCUGCAGAUCUUCACCCCCCCGCACUUCAUCGGCUUCCUGAAUGGCAUGAGCUCGCUGAUCAAGUAUGGCGUGAACGAACGCUGCGACUCCGUGCGAGGCUUCGGACAGCGGCCGCAAUCUUACAACGGCCUGGACUGGCGUGAGAAGUGCCCCAUGGGCACCCUGCAUCUGCCGGAUGAUGGGGAGGACAAGGUGUUGAACGAGCUAGAUGUGUUGCUCACAGGCGGGCGCUUGACCAACGUCACCCGCGCCGCAGCGGCGGAGGCCUAUCGCACCGCCCCUUCUGCGCAGCGUCUGCAGCGCGCCCAGCAGGCGGUGCUGCUGUCCCCGGAGUUCAACACCUUGGGCGACCCCCUGCCGAAGCCGGAGCCCCGGGCGCCCACAGUUGCCACCGGCCCAACCGCGCAGAAGCCCUACAAGGCGGCCAUUGUCCUGUUCCUGGCUGGGGGAGCAGAUACCUGGAACAUGGUGGUGCCGCAGAACUGCCCCAUAUACCAGGAAUAUGUAGACUUCCGCACCGACCUGCACUUGGAUCCUGAGGACCUGAUCGCGAUCAACGUCACGGGCCAGCCCUGCAGUGAAUUCGGCAUCCACGGGUCCUUCAGCUACCUCAAGGAGCUCUAUGAUGAGAAGGACUUGGCCUUUGUGACGAACAUCGGGUCCUUGGUGGAGCCUUUGAACAAGCAGCAGUUCCGCGGCGGCCUCAAGCGGAGGUGCGUGGGGCUGUUCUCCCACUCGGACCAGCAGACGGCCGCGCAGACCUUGGAGUGCCAGACGGAGGGCAACAGCCCCCGAGGCGCUGGGGGGCGCAUGACGGACGCUUUGGUGAGCCAGGAGGUCCCGGUGCGCGCGACAAGCUUCUCGGUGGCCGGGAGUGCCAUCUUCGCCCAAGGGGUGCUCACAAACAGGCAGAUCGUGAGCGAGGCGGGGAACAAGCGCUUUGCGGACUUCGAGCUCUGGAGGGAGGCCAUCUCCAACAUCACCAGGCAGCAGCACGCCAACGUCUUCAGCGAGCAGUAUGCCAAGGUGUUCCUGGACUCCAUCGAGACGACGGAAGAGCUGGGCCGUGCCAUCGAGGAUGUGGAGCUGGCCACGAGCUACAGCACCAACUCUGGCCUGCAGAAGCAGCUCUCGCAGGUGGCCAAGCUGAUCCGCGUCCGGGAGGUUCGGAAGGCGGAGAGGGACUUCUUCUUCGUGCAGGUGGGCGGCUGGGACAUGCACUCCAACCUGAACAACGGCCUUGUGAACAGCUUCGGGAGCAUCAACGCCGCGCUGCGGGGCUUUGUUGCGGAGAUGAAGGCGCAGAACGUGUGGGACAGCGUGGUGCUGGCCAGCACCUCGGAGUUCGCCCGGACCUUGGACUCCAACGGCGGAGGCUCAGACCACGCCUGGGCGGGGCAGCACUUCGUGAUCGGCGGCAAGGUGAAGGGGGGCCAGAUGCUGAACAAGUUCCCCUCCAGUUUGAAGGAGGGUGGCUACAAUGACCUGGGCCGGGGGCGCUUGAUCCCCGAGUACCCGUGGGAGAGCAUGCUGGUGCCUAUGGCGGAGUGGAUGGGCCUCGAAACCACUGCGGCCGUCAUGGGUGAGGUGUUCCCGAACUUUGGCAACUUCAACUCCUCCGUGGUGCAGGGCCAAGACUUCCUCUUCGAGCCAUGAGUCCACGUCGAGCCAUGAGCCGCCUCGGGAAUGGGCCACCGCGCCCAAGUUUGUUGCCCGAGACCUGGAGGCAACGCUCGGGUUGGGAGAAACAAAGGCCAUGAGACGAGGCGCAGCUCGGUUUGCUUUCUAGGG